GUCACGUGACCAAAACAAAACACGUCACUAGUUGUAACAAAGAUGGCUCCGGAGAGAAAUUCAGUUUAAGUUUGCACCUCGGCUUCUUAACUCCGGACAGGCUCCCUGGUUGUAUUUAGUGACGGAUAUAUCGUGAAAAUGUUAACCGCCUUAGUCUCACGCCUUAUGAUACUUGCUUUUGGAACACUAUACCCUGCAUAUGCAUCGUACAAAGCUGUUAGGACAAAAGAUGUAAAAGAAUAUGUAAAAUGGAUGAUGUAUUGGAUAGUGUUUGCACUUUUCACAUGCGCUGAAACAUUCACAGAUGUUCUGUUUAGUUUCUGGUUUCCUUUCUAUUACGAGAUAAAAGUCGCAAUUGUGUUUUGGCUCCUUUCACCUGCGACAAAAGGGUCCAGCUUCUUAUACAGAAAUUUCGUCCACCCUGCUUUUCAAAAAAGAGAAUCGGAAAUCGAUGAAAUGUUACACAAAGCAAAGGAAAGGGGAUACAACACAGUUCUGAACAUAGGGAGUAAGGGCGUGUCAUACGCUACAAACGUCAUACUCCAAACAGCCAUAAAGGGAGGGGGUGGGAUAAUGGAACAAUUAAGAAAGAGCUACAGUUUAACCGACCUCUCCCCCCAGAUAUCCAAGGACAAUACUGAUGGAUCUGAAGAUAGAAUGAGACCACCGACUCAGAGAAGAGCAAGACAAAUGGAGUCAAUGGUUGAAAUGAACUUUCCCGAAGUAGAGACGAACCUAAGGGGCGUCAACCAUCAUAACAAUAUGAUUGGCGAUAUUAGGUCUACCGAAGAUAUCAGCUCGGGUUUUUCAAGUACGGAUCAGCUCAAUACAGAAGGAGUGUUGACAAGAUCGUCAUCUGUUGCAUCAACAAGAACGAGACCAAGAGGUCGAGGAGCUGCGGCAAGAAGAGCCCCUGUAUCUGAAGAUGCUGAAGAAUCCGAUACUGAACUUUGGACAGAUUGCUCUGCCGGUAACACAGGUGCUUCCCAGUAAACUAUUGGCCGUCCAAGCAAACAAGACUCUAAUACCGAUCAGGUGGAUUCAAGUUCAUCAACCCUGCCUAGGACCAGCAAGCGGACGACAAGAAAGCGGACUCAGUAGAUAUUAAUUUUCAACUUGCAACUCGUUUUUCCCUUUGUUUUAAUUUGUUGAGUGAUACUAUUUAUUUAUGUACGCGCAGAAGAGUUUUUCCUUUUUUUUUUGGUUUGUCUUCUUUGAUUAUGUUGUUUUAAAAUUUUGUUUAGUGACUUGUCCUAAGGUUCCUAAAAUAUGUUUGGAAAGAAAAGCAAAUAAAUUGAUUAAAAGCUAUUGCUCAAUAUAAACGUGUGUUAUAUUUGCAGCAGUUGGGCGAAUAAUUAUAUGCCAAUAGGUGAUAGUAUUGUGAUUAAAAUUAAAUAAAACUCUCAUAUCAAAGAGAAAUUUUUCUAAUAAUUAAAUUUUCUUAGGUAUAAAUUUGAAUAUCUUGUUGUAAAAUCAGUUUUCUAGUUUUUAAUAAUGUUGAUCCUUCGAUAUUUUAUGAGACAAUAAGACGUCAUUUGUUUGCAAAUUUUAUAGUGCCUCAGUACCUUGUCUGGUAGGAUUUUGCCCGUUGGUUUUUGAAAUACAUUUUAUGAGGCUGAACCUCUCGCCAAGUCAGACUGGGUACAUUACAGUUUUUUUUAUUACGGAUGCUUCAUUAAUGAAAUAAAAUGAUACUAAUAUUAAGAAAAGGCUUACAAAUUGAAAUGAAAUGUUAACGGUUUAGGCAGGCCUGCCAGUCCUAUUAGUCUGCCAUUGUUAUCAAAAAUUUCACUAGUCAUGCUAGUUAAAAGUUACCUGCAGCUUGUCUAAGCCAUUUCUUAUUCGGCGAUUUCUCCUCUGAAAGACAUUGUAACGUUUAAUGCGUUAAGUGGUGCUAUUUUUCAUUUAGGAAAUCUAUUAUAGAAAAAUAUGUAGAAGCAAUAACAAAUUUUUAUAACUAAAGGCACUAAUUUUAUCUCUAGUGAUAUUUGGUAUUGUAACAUUUGCUUUAAGGAUGGAGAUAAAUUAUCAGGCCUUUCCAUGUUAGUUAUAAGUUCUUUUUUUCUUUUCAAUUGUUAAUUAUAUAUUCAGAGGGUAAACACUCUGGAAUUGUAUCGAAGACUCAUUUUCUGUACUUUUUCAAGUUUGUUUUGUAUCUUUUGUUCAUAAUUGUGUGCACCUUUUUGUUUGGU